AGGAUUUGACCCGAGUAGAUAUGUUCUUGUUGACACAUAGACGCAAGAAUGGGAUGCCUGUGGAUGAGGCCUCAACAAGAGCAAUGGAACAAUUAAAUGAACGAACUUCGCAGCAGCCAGAGGCUUCACAUAACAGCACUGCGAGGAAAGAUAUAUUCUCAGAAGUCAUGGGUGACGAACGACAUGGCCGUGUCCACACUUACGAGUUCGGUCCCUCUCCUUCUGAUAUUUGGGGCACAACAUCCCACAGUGUCCAGUCCCAAGGGAUGACCUCCAAUGCUCAGAAGAUAGAUGAACAAUAUGAGGAAUUGCAUGCUGAAAUAUCUUCCCUAAGAGAAACUAUGGCUGAUAGAGAUGCUCAAAUAUCUUCACUAAGAGAAACUAUGGCUGAUAGAGAUGUUCAAAUAUCUUCACUAAGAGAAACUAUGACAACAUUGAUGGCUGCUAUAACGAAUCCAAGCAUUAAUCUAUCUACAUUAUUAGGUGUUUCAGCUAAUCCCAACUUAAACCAACCCUCCUCAUCAUCAAGCCACUUGGUUCCAACCCCUCAGAGAGACUUGGCGAAUAAGGGGAAUUCUACGAGUUGCACUAAUGUGACUCAAGUUCUUCUUAAGAGUAUUGUAAGGCCUGGGGAUACUGUAGCUAAAGGAAUCAUUUUGAGCACGGAUCCAUUGACAAAAGUAGGGGGGCAAAAACUUGGAGUUGGUUUCUGGGAAGUAUCUAUUCAAGUGGCAAUGGUACGUGAUGAGGAUUUGAUAAGGACCCAUGGACGAUAUAAAACAAUUGGGGAUGCAAUUGGAACGAGUAUUGCUUGGCCCACUACUUUAUGUAUGGUUGCAGACAAAAAUGGAUGAUAACUACAUGAGAGAAGUUUUUAUUAAGUAUUUGGAACUGUAAACAUCUUUUGUAAGUGGGGGUAGUAGGGAGCUGUGGUUUCAGACUUUUGGAUUGAGUUAGACACAUCUAAAUAGUUUAUUUUUAUCUUAGUUUAAUUAUAGAGGGCACAUCUAAACUCAUCUAAUCUCUUUAAUUUAAUCUUAGUUUUAUAAGAUUAUGAUUUGUGAUUUGAA